AUGUCCACCUUUGGUAACUACUUCCGUGUCACCACCUACGGUGAAUCUCAUUGUAAAUCUGUCGGAUGCAUCAUCGACGGUUGUCCUCCAGGUAUGGAGUUGACUGAGGCAGACAUCCAACCUCAGUUGAGUCGAAGAAGACCCGGUCAAAGUGCCAUUUCCACUCCACGUAACGAGAAGGACCAAGUUCAAAUCCAGUCCGGUACCGAGCACGGACGCUCUUUGGGAAGUCCCAUCGGUAUGAUGGUUCAAAACGAGGACCACAGACCAAAGGACUACUCCGAGACAGACUUGUACCCAAGACCAUCCCACGCUGACUGGACCUACAUCCAAAAGUACGGUGUCAAGUCCGCUUCUGGUGGUGGCCGUUCAUCUGCCCGUGAGACCAUUGGUCGUGUUGCCGCUGGUGCCGUUGCCGAGAAGGUGUUGAAGCUUGCUGCAGGUGUUGAAAUUGUUGCUUUUGUCUCUUCUAUCGGUGAAGUCUCCAUGGACAGAAACGCACAGGACCCAGUUUUCCAAAACUUGUUGAACACUGUUACUCGUGAGUCUGUGGACGCUGCUGGUCCGAUCAGAUGCCCAGACGAGAAUGUCAGAGACGCCAUGACCAAGGUUGUUGAGAAGUACAGAGAUGCCAAGGACUCUAUUGGUGGUGUUGUCACUUGUGUCAUUCGUAACUGCCCUAUUGGUUUGGGUGAGCCUUGUUUCGACAAGCUUGAGGCCGUUUUGGCCCACGCCAUGUUGUCCAUCCCAGCUACCAAGGGUUUUGAGUUUGGUUCUGGUUUUGCCGGUACUGCUCUUCCUGGUUCAAAGCACAAUGAUGCUUUCGUGCACUGUGACGACAAGGGCCGUUUGAUCACCAAAACCAACAACUCCGGUGGUGUUCAGGGUGGUAUCUCCAACGGUGAGCACAUCUAUUUCUCUGUUGCCUUCAAGUCUGCCGCUACCAUCUCCCAGGAGCAGUCAACCUCCACUUAUGAUGGUAAGGAUGGUGUGUUGGCUGCCAGAGGCAGACACGACCCAUCUGUUACCCCAAGAGCCGUUCCAAUUGUGGAGUCCAUGGCUGCUCUUGUCUUGGCUGACUUGUUCUUGGCCCAAAAGGCCCGUGAGGCUCUGAUGAAGUUGGUGCAAUAG